CGUUGACAGCGGAGGAUUAAGAGUGCACGGCUGGGGAACGGGCUGUCCUGCCAACCGCGGGGCCACCAGGCCUCCGGGAAGGGCGCGCGCACGCUACGGUGCUGUCACCAGCCGCCUCUUGCAGCCCCUCUGCUUGGCUUCGCCACCUGGACCGGCUCCAAACCUGCACGGGGGUAGGACUUGCUCGGCCACUCAAGCGGCAGGGAGACAAGUCUCCUUAUGACCAAGUCGGAAAGUGAAACAGAACAGUGCAGAGCCCAGGACUCCAAGAGAGCAAGAAAAUGGAAGAGAAUCCAAAUGCGGACCUCUGCCAAGCUGGGCCAGCCCAGGAUGAGGGGGAGAGCACAGCAGAGCAUCCUGCCCACCAAGAGAGCCCCCGAGAAGCACUUGGGCACCAAGUGACGAGCAGCUGGCCUGAAACCUCCUGCAAACCAGAGGAGAGGGAUCCUGCAGUGGGUGAAUCAUCGACUGCUGCUGGGGGCAAGGUGACACACUUGGGGCAGGCUGGCCCUACAGUAGAGGAGAAGGUCCCCCAGGAAACCAAAGCGUCAUUGGAAGAAUCUGGAGAGACAGGAGAUGGUCUCUCAGAAAGAUCCCAGGCAGAAGAUGACACAGAUGGAGCCAGGCUAGCUCAAAACAAAACAGACAGCAAAGGAGAGAGCCCUGUCUACCAGGAAACACACGGGCACCAGGAGACAAGCAGGCAAGACAAAAGCUCCCACAGACCAGAGGAAGAUGAUUUAUCAAUAGGCAAGUCACUGAACUCCGACAGUAAAAGGCGACAUUCAGGUCCGACUGCCACAGAAAGUGUCACCAGCAGCCUCUUGGCAGAGGAGAGUGCCAGUGCCUCCCUCCUAGAUGAGGAGCCAGCAGAGCACACGAAGCAAGAAACUCUGGAGAGUGAAUCCCAUAGCAUGCUAAGGAACAGACGUGGGACCGAAGGACACACAGCCCCAAAGUCAGAGGCUCAGUCCUGCCUGCAGAACGUCACCACCCAAAACACACAGCAAGAGAAGGCUAAAAAGCUCUUCUUGCUGACAGGUGAGGAACGGAAGCUUCCCUUGCGGGUUACUCGUCAACCAGAAGGCGCUGAUCCUCCAGGAACAAGGCUUGUUGUGAUCUGCUUAUUAUUAUUGUUCAUCAUCAUGCUCUGCUUUGGCAUCCCGGCUUCUAAGUCCCAGCAGGCCCCCACAAACCCCACGGUGGAGGCCUUCCUGUCCCAGUUCAACCAGCUGCAGGACAGGUUUCCAGGGCAGAGCCCCCAACUAUGGCUCCGGGGGCGCAAGUUCCUGCAGAAGCACCUCAAUGUGUCCCACCACACGGAGCCAGCUGUCAUCAUCUUCACAGCUGCCCGUGAGGGCAAAAGGACUUUGCGGUGCCUUACUGUCCACGUGGCGGACACCUAUGCAGCUGCCUUGCAUGCAAGCACAGUCCAGAUUGAUGGCGCAGAUAAAGCCGGGCUCCAGAGCGACCAGGCAAAGCUGGAGGUGGACAGAGAGCUCAGCUCAGCUUUCCAGGCAGGGGGCCGUGCUGCGGUGAUACACCACUUUGAGUUGCUGCCGGCGGGGGCCACCCUCAUCUUUUACAAGUACUGUGACCAUGAAAGUGCUGCUUUCAAGGACGUGGCCCUGCUGCUGACUGUGCUGCUGGAGGAGGAGAUGCUGGAGACCCACAUGAGCCUCCCGCAGGUGGAGGAGAGAGUCCGUGACUUCCUCUGGGCCAAGUUCACCGACACCAGUGCUCCCAGCUCCUACGACCACAUGGACUCCGACAAGCUGAGCGGGCUGUGGAGCCGCAUCUCCCACCUCGUCCUCCCAAUCCAUCCAGUCCAGACCAUUGAGAAGGGAGGUUGCCACCUGCAUGCCAAACCCUAGCAGCAAGAGCUGCCAGAGCCCUGGGGAAGGGCUGGAAAGCCAAUCCUGGCCACCUGGGGCAGGCAGAGGCAGGAACAAACACGACACUCGCUUCAUAACUCCCUAGUGCUAUUUCUCUUCUACUUGUUUUUCUUACCGCCCUGGGAAGAGUUUGACAGGUACAAGUGAAUCCAGCCCUUUUGGCCAGCUGCACCUUGAAGGUAAUGAAUUGUAUGCUUCCUUCUGAGGGACAGGAAGAGCUGAUAUUAUAAACAGCUAAUUGCACAUGAGAACAUUAUUGCCUCUGUGUGGGGUGGCAGGAAGGAGAGUGGUACUUCGCAGGUAGCUUUUCUCUCAGAAAACACUCUCCUUGUAGCAGUAUGGAUAACUUAACUAUUACACCAGAAAGACAUUUCAGCUCAGUAGCUCUUUUGUUCCUCCCUGCUCAUCUGCUUGCUAACAUCCAAGCAUACCAUUUCACCUCUGAAAACCAAGACAGACCCCCAGCAGUUAAACACAAGUCACCUCAUUAAUGCUCUGAUGCUGUGAAGCAUCAAGGGAUUGCACAGUUAGAGGACUGAGUAAUACAGUUUAACUUAACACUGCCUCUUUAAAAAAGAAAAAAAAACCACUCUUGAUCCAUUUUCCACCACAAGAUUACAACCAGCUCUUGGAGAUGAUGCAUCGGCUUUGGUCCUACAUGAUAGGUUCCUCUUUACCUGCAGCUCUGAUCUGUGUGGGGGGGGGAAGCCAUGAGAGCCAUUUCUGAAUUUUUGGGCUGCAUGCAGAGACCCUGGGGGCAUCCUCAGGAUCAGGGCAGGACCAAGUAGAUGAGACACUGCCUGGCACUCUGCCAGGGCUUUUCCAGGGUGCCUCCUUCCACACUACACCUAGCCCAGGGACCAUGAGUUUUUGCAACCUGGCAGUUCCUCAGUUUUCUUUCCCUGCUUCUGCCUGCCCCUCCACAGCUAACUUUUACUGAUGAACACAUACAUUAACACAGAUAUUUAUGUCAAGCCACAUAGAGAGUAGCACACCCAGGUCCUUGCCCACCAAGGCUGCAUUUACUUCCCUGCCAGGCAGUUGGUGCCCUGACCUGGCCUAAGAGCAACUAGGAGCAGAGCUGGUAUUAGCUGCUAAAGAUGAAAGCUCUGGUAUUAGCACUAGAAAAACCUCAACCAAGCAGGUUGGUUUCUUACCAUGCCUCUUCUUUUGAGCUCCCUGAAGAGAAAUCUAAGUCCUGUAACACUGUGUUGCUCCUGCACACUGAAUUUCUGUACAGGCUCUAGGGUAGAGCUGCUAACUCAGGGAAAACCUGGGGCAGGUGCAGGUUAAAGCGUUUAAAAACACAACAGUCAGCCCCAGGUGUCAGCCCCUGAUGCUUACAGCCUGCUAGAGAAGGAGCAGCUGUAGCAAAGCAGGGCUUAAUUUCCAUAUAAACAGCAUAGACCAAGGCCUCGUAAAGGCAGAGCCUAUAGCUGAACAAGACACUAAUCAAGAACAUGCAAGUGGUUUUUUUUAAAGUUGCAUUUUAGGGCUCCUUACAGCAACCAGGCCCAUGUGUUGGCUGGGUCUCCUACCAACGGUGCCUUGCUGAUCUGUCCUCGUUGAUGGCUCAGCUGAGGCUCGGUCAUUCACCCCCACAGCUUAAAAUCACAGCCUGUCUCUUCUUCCCUCCUGCCGUGUGACUUGCCCUGUCUCAGGGGAUUUGGAGCAAUGAACUUGCAGAAGGGGAUGAAAUGAAAGAAGAGGAGUGGGUUAUUAGUUCAAACUCUGACCAAAGAACAGACAUUUUGUUUCUUUACAAUGUUAGUCACAUGAAGACAGAACCCAGCGCAGUUACCCAUUUUUUCCACAGCUGGCAGGAUUUUACCCACCACCCUGACCUGACUGAGCAGCUGUGAUUGCUGCUCAGUUUCUCUCCCAUUGCAGAUGUGAAGUUACUGCUGCAGAAUUAAAGCACUAGUGUGAAGUGGUUCAUGCAGGUUAUAACAAACACUGGGCUAGACAAGAAAACUGCCUGCCGGAGUCCAGCAUCACAAGGGGCCAGCCCAAGACAUGCUUUUGUACAAGAUAUGGGCAAGAACCAACUUGGUUGCUUCAUCCCCUUCCUCCUUUUUAUUGCUAUACACUACUUUGGAAAACACCUUCUGUGCUCUGUACGGUUCCGUGUCAGCAGUGAUGUAAGAACUGGCAAAGCAUUAAUUAUGUCAACAUCUUGAAGGAAAUGAGUAUUUAAAAGCUAUCUCACUAACAAUUUUAUGUACUGUGUUUGUAAUGCAUAGUCAAGGUAUGCAGUGGCAACUUGAUGCUGCUUGGGCACAUCCCUGUAAGCUUCAUCUACCAUAACUGUUCCAAUAUGGAGAUAUUUUUAUGACCUUUUAAAGACAAAAAAAAAAUGCUCGCUUCUGAAACAAGACAUAUUUAAAAAUAAAUAAGGGGAUUGUGGAAAAAAAAAAAAACAGCAAAGCCUUCAAAGUGAGACUGAGUCCUAUCAAUUCUCUCAUUUUUUUCCUAGUUAUUUUUAGUUCAUUAAGCAAAUGAAAUCAUCAAAUUGGAUGAACUGUUAUUUAGGUCA